AUGGUCCUCAUAAGGCCUCGGGCGCGGCCCCCCAACGGCGGCCUACAGGCCUGGCUCCAGGUGUUUGGGGGAUUCUGGAUCUACUUCAACACAUGGGGCCUCAUCAUGACAUUCGGGGUGUUCCAAACCUAUUAUGAAAGCAAUUUGAUUUCGCAGUACACACCCUCCUCAAUCUCAUGGAUCGGGACCAUCCAGGUCUUCCUCUUGAUUGAAGUGGGAAUUAUUUCUGGGCCGCUCUAUGAUCAAGGCUACUUGCGCCAUCUGAUCACUGCAGGGGCCUUGUUGCUUUCUCUAGGAUUCAUGAUGGCCAGCCUUGCCAAGGAAUACUAUGCCAUCUUCCUGUCCUUAGGAGUCUGCAGUGGUAUUGGGAUGGGGCUACUCUUUUUCCCAGGCAUCUCGGCUUUCACAACCUACUUCACGACGCGGCGCGGGCUGGCAAAUGGUCUUGCUGCUUCGGGGAGUGGGAUUGGAGCGGUUGUGUAUCCAAUUGUCCUUCGCCAGCUCACCUACCAGGUCUCUUUCCCCUGGGCAGUGCGAGCAGUAGGCUUCAUCAUCUUCGGAACCGUCCUCAUUCCCGUCCUUCUCCUGAAGCCCAUGUUCCUACCACAGGGCAGGCGAAAGCUUUUUGACAAGAGCAUCUUUGAGGACCGCGUCUACACUCUUUUCUCCCUCACCAACCUAAUAGGCUGGCUAGGCGUCCAAAUCCCCAUUUUCUACGCCGGCCCCUUUGCCCACUUCUCCCUCCACACCACCGAGUCCGCCUCCUUCUACAUGCUAGCCAUCAUAGGCGCGGGCUCCCUCCCAGGCCGCCUCCUGGCCCCCUUGCUCGGCGAUCGCUUCGGGCCUCUAUACAUCUACCCUGUCUUCAUGGCCCUCGCGGGACUCGUCACCCUCGCCUGGAUCCGCGUGACGACGUACGGUGGCCUCGUUGCCGUCGCCCUGCUGUACGGGUUUGCGUAUGGCGGGGUCGUCAGCCUGCCUCCUCCUGCGGUGGCUGCCAUGACGCGGGAUAUGCGGAUGCUGGGCACGAGGAUCGGCUGUGUGUUUACCUUUGCCGGUGUGAGUGCCAUGGUGGGACCGCCGAUUGCUGGGGCGAUUGAGGGGGUUUGCUCUUGGGAGGUGUGGCUUGGUUGCAUGAUAGAGAGGUGA